CAAUUCCAUGUGCCGAGGCUGGGCUUUCGAACCUAGGCUGCAUCGAAGGGAGCCAACCGGGCUGACCAGCACCCUGACAAACUGGGAUACUCAUACAAAAUCUCACUGCUGAGGUAAAUGCCCUACCCGCCAGGCAGGCGCUGAUGGUUGGCAGAGACUUUCUCUAUGGCACGCUGAGAAGACAGAAGACCUAUACGUGGUAAAGCAGCAAAGAUCUAGGCUCCCGUGGGGCUGACAAACCCAAGCCCAUCUUCUGGUUGCUUCCCUGCAACGGACCCCGGUUCACUGCUACUAAAAAAAAGAGGGCACUUCCGUCAAGGAGUGUGUUUCGCCUCAGCCCAAAUACGAGUUGGACCACGGGUCUCCGGACAGCAUGGUGGUGCAGAAUAAGCUGGACACGGGAGACCCCAGGAAAGCGGUCCUUUUGGAGCCAUUUGUCCAUCAGGUUGGGGGCCACAUGAGCAUGAUGAAAUAUGAUGAGCACACCAUCUGCAAGCCCCUCAUCUCCCAGGAGCAGUGGUUCUACGAGUCGCUCCCCACGGCCAUUAAGCAGUUCACGCCUCAGUACAAAGGUAUCAUCUCGGUGUGCCUCAGAAAGGACAGCUUGGGCAACCUAGGUCUGAUAGCCAGCCCCAGCCUGCCGACCGACAACUGCAGUUCCUUGGAUAAGGAGCAUUCGGUGAUGCUAUGUCAGGAGAUCAAGCGGACGUCCACCACCAACAGCGAGCGCUUGUUUGUCAAAUGGAGUCAGGCACCUUUCACAAAGACCAUCAAAGACAGCUGCCCCGGGAAGGCGCUCCUGAGGACGGAACUUCAGUACCAUACGGACGUCUCUUCGUUCAUGGAGGAUACAAAUGGGAACCAGCCAGAAAGAAAGAGCUAUAAUCCCUGGGGACUGCACUGCCACCAACUGCACCUGAACCGCAUGUCCUCCAAACUUGAUGAGAACAAACUACAUCAGUUUCUGUUGCUUGAAAACGUGGUGUCAAAGUAUCAAUAUCCCUGCAUUCUGGACUUAAAGAUGGGAACCAGGCAGCAUGGAGAUGAUGCAUCAGAAGAGAAGAAAGCACGCCACAUACAGAAGUGUGAACAGAGCACUUCUGGAUCUCUUGGAGUUCGCAUCUGCGGAAUGCAGGUUUACCAAGCAGAUACUGGCCAAUUUCUCUGCAAAGACAAGUAUUAUGGAAGGAAACUAUCGCCCGAUGGCUUCAGACAAGCCCUCUACCAGUUCCUUCACAAUGGUAACCGCCUCAGAACAGAUCUCUUGGAACCCAUUCUGUUACAGCUAAAGGCUUUGCUUUCAGUCAUCAAAACCCAGAGCUCCUAUCGAUUCUACUCCAGCUCCCUUCUCAUCAUCUAUGAUGGACAGGAACCCAAGAAGAAUAAAGAAACUUUAGACAACCAUCCUCAGGGGUGUUUUCAGAACGUAAAUUGCACCAUGCCGCAUGGGACUGGUCACCCCAAAGUUGACAUCCGCAUGAUAGAUUUUGCUCACACCACUUAUAAAGGUUCAAAGUAUAAUCACACCAUCUACGACGGGCCAGACCACGGCUAUAUUUUCGGUCUGGAAAAUCUUGUCAAAAUUCUUGAGAAUACUAGAGAAGGAGAAUGACAAAUGCUGUGACAUGGCAUGGACUUUGUGGUGAUAGAUAUCCCAGGAAGGGACUGCCUAUGCAUUGGGCCAACUGCAUGGAGCCCCUCAUGGCUUUUGAACAUCCUGUGUACUUUUUGGAAUGAGAGCAUUGGGGACUUCCUAGGAAAGCGCAGAAGAUGCUACAUGCCAUUACCGAAGCGAACUGUAAAAGCAAAGGAUUGAAAAGAAUCCACCGUGUUUGUGAUCUCACUGAAGAUUUAUUUUCCUUUCUUCUUUUACUGCUGCCCUUGAUUUGUUUACGAGCGAGAGGAAAGCAUUACUUGAAAGAAUCUUAAAAUUAACAUAGGGCCUGCUCACCUCCAUAUGCACCUGCAAAGCCAAGAAGACUAAGCAAAGACCGUGAGUUGAGAGACUAUUAAGAGGUGUUGGCAGGUCUUAACAAGUUGCCGCAUUACUUUCAACCCAAGCUCAACAUGAUGAGCCAAGGACAUUCAAUGACACAAACAGAAGAAAACUGCACUUUCUGAUCUUCACGCUCCAAACACCUGGCAUUUUUAAGACUGUGAUAAUGUAUGAAGCCCUCAAUACAGUGAGAGAGAGAGAGUGUGU